UAACCAGUAACCACCACCCUCCCUCCCUUUCUUCUUCCUUCUAUAAAUUCCUCUCUUCCAACAUAACCAAACAAACUACCAACAUUCUUUCUCAUUCUCUCUCUCUCUCAAAUUAAAAAAGAAAAAAAAAAGGAAAAAGAAACCCAGAAAAUGCUUAAUCUCUGGACUUUUCUCUUCCUCUCAAUUCUCCAAUUCUCAUCUCUCAGUGUUAUCUUCGGCGGCGUCGGUGAUUCCUUAUUGUCGGAAAACCCAUUUACACCGAAAGCCUCGUUGAUUCGUUACUGGAACAAAGAGAUCCGCAGCCAAAUCCCCAAAAGCCAUUUUUUACUCUCCAAAGUUUCCCCAUUAACUGCCGUCGAUAUGGCCAGUUUUUCCAAACUCGCCAGCCAAAACGACCUCGCUUCCCGUCUACCUUCCUUCUGUUCCUCCGCUAAACUCUUUUGCUUCCCUGAUUUAUCGCCGAGUCUCGAGAAACACCCCAAAGACGUAAACUUCGCUGUCUACUUCAACAGGAACUUCACCAAUUACGGCACGGAUCGACUCGCGGGAGUCGACUCUUUCAAGAACUACUCAGAAGGCGAAAACGUUAUCGUCGACUCGUUCCGCCGGUACAGCCGGGAUUCGGCGGGUCACAAGGACCAAUUCUCCAAUUACGCCAGUGAAUCCAAUGUCGUCGACCAGAACUUCAACACCUACGGAGCCUCCGCUACAGGCGGUUCUGGAAACUUCAAGAACUACAACCGUCAAGUCAACAACCCCAAUCUUCGAUUCACUUCAUAUUCCGAUGACUCCAACGGUCGUGGGCAGAAAUUCACGCUCUACACAGAGAACGCCAACGCUGGAAACGGGCAGUCAUUUUCGAGUUACGGUAAAAGCGGUAACGGCGCUCCUACCGACUUUAGUAGUUACGGGAAAGGAGCGAAUGCGGUGGGGUCGGCUUUUUCUGGUUACGGAGAAUCAGCGAAUGGGGCUAAUGACACUUUCACUUCGUAUGGAUUCGAUUCCAAUAAUCCACAAAAUAAUUUCAAGAGUUAUGGAGACGGAGGUAAUGCUGCGGUUGACAGUUUCUCAAGUUACCGAGACCAAUCCAAUGUGGGUGACGAUUCUUUCCAAUCUUAUGCCAAAAAUUCUAAUGGAGCGAAAGUUGAUUUUGACAACUACGGCCAAUCUAUUAACGAAGGAACUGAUAAAUUCACUGGAUAUGGCCAAAGGGCCGUAGGUCAGUCCGUAGGAUUCAAGAUCUAUGGGAGAAACACCACUUUUAAGGAUUAUACAAAAAAGGGUGUCACUUUCGCUAGAUACAACAAUGAGAGUUCCGCUGAAACUGCUCAAGUUAAGGCCAGCGGCAGUAUUGUGAAUAAAUGGGUGGAGCCGGGCAAAUUCUUCCGGGAAAAGAUGUUGAAGCGAGGACAACUGAUGCCAAUGCCGGACAUUAGGGAUAAAAUGCCUGAAAGGUCGUUUCUGCCCCGGUCUAUCAUUUCCAAACUACCGUUUUCGUCCUCCAAGAUUGGUGAACUGAAACGGAUAUUCCACGCGGGGGAUAACUCCACACUGGAAACCAUAAUGCUGGACGCUUUAAAAGAGUGCGAGCGAGCACCGAGUCCGGGCGAGACAAAGCGGUGUGUGGGCUCGGCCGAGGACAUGAUCGAUUUCGCCACCUCUGUUCUGGGGCGUAACGUGGAGGUUCGUACGACGGAAAACGUUAAUGGGUCAAAGAAAGUUAUAAAGAUAGGAACAGUCAGAGGAAUCAACGGUGGGAAAGUGACGAAAUCAGUUUCGUGUCACCAGAGUUUGUACCCGUAUUUACUUUACUAUUGCCACUCGGUUCCCAAGGUCCGGGUCUACGAAGCGGAUAUUCUGGAUCCGAAUUCAAGGGAGAAGAUUAAUCACAGUGUUGCCAUCUGUCAUUUGGACACAUCUAGUUGGAGUUCGGGUCAUGGAGCUUUCUUGGCUUUGGGCUCGGGUCCAGGUCGGAUCGAGGUUUGUCAUUGGAUUUUUGAGAAUGAUAUGACUUGGACGAUCGCUGAUUCCUGAUUGCAAAGUUUGGGGUUUUAAUUUAAGCUUUUGGGUGGGCAAAUUAUUAAAUUUGGAUAAGAGUCACUGGUUAAGAUAACUUUGCCAGUGGUGAGAAAUUAAGAACUGUCCAUUUUGUUUUUAUUUUUCUCUUUUAAUUCAAGAAGUGGAAUACAUAAAUAUGAAUAUUUUUUCUUCUCAUUUUUGUUAAUUGUGAUGCUUAAUUACAUAUGCUUAAUCUUACAUUUAUUUGACCUGUUU